CGAAGUUUUGCCAGCUGGGGAGACGGUGCAUGGCGCUGUGUGAAUCGUGGACGAAGCUGGGCAGGAAGUCGAUGAGCUGACGCGGCGGCGCCCUUGCAUUUCAUUGGGGAACGAAGGGUUCAGUCGCAUUGCAUCGUUGAGGGAAGCGCCAUUACCGCCAAGCCUUCCUCAUUUGACCCUGAGAGCAUUUUGAUAGUGCUUAGGCCUUGGGGAGGCCUUAAGAGCAGGCCUUUGAGAGCAGGCCCUUCGUUCCUCCACUCUCUGAGGGUAGGCGCCAGAGAAGUUAUGGCCAUGGCGUCCUGCAAAGCCUUCAGCACUUUGGGGUCAUCGCUCGCUCUAGGGCCCCUCAGAUCCCAGUCCGCUGGUUUUGCUGCCCCGUCGAAGCCGGUAGCGCUGCCAGGUUUUCGAAAUAGUGUCGGCGGUGAUCUCCAGGUCGAGCUGCGGAAACGGUUGGAGUGCUCUUGCCCCGCCGUCCGGCCGUGUGCGCACCAGGGCGCCAGCCCGACCUCCUCUGUUGUGCACGACGUCCGAGAUGCAGACAGCGAGAGCGCACAACUAGAGCGGGUGCAGAACUUCAAGGAGUUGUUUGACCGGAGCCUGGCGUUGAGGCCGAGGGAGCGAGUGGAGCGAGUGGUGCCCGUGCCUGACUACGACUCGGAUGGCACGGGCGAGCAACGGUGGCCGGAAAAGGAAGAGGGGGUAGCUGAGGGGCCUGCCUGCGGACGCCCUGAAGUGGACCUUGGACAGCCGUCCGACUGGCUCUGGCAAGAGAUCCGUGCCGAGGCGCGCAGGGACUCCGACGCUGAACCUGCACUCGCUAGUUUCCUGUACUCCACGAUCCUUGCGCAUGGAUCUCUUGAGCGGGCGCUAGCUUUCCAUCUAGCUAAUAAGCUGUCCUCCAGCACUCUUCUAGGCACGCAGCUCUUCACCAUCAUCGCAGAUAGCUUCUCAGCAGAUCCGGACUUGUGGGAUGCGGUCAAAGCUGACAUCUGCGCUGUCAAAGACCGGGAUGCAGCAUGCACAAGCUACUCCCAUUGCCUCCUCUACUUCAAGGGCUUCCUAGCAUGCCAGGCGUACAGAGUGUCCCAUAGGCUAUGGAACCAGGGCCGCAUUUACAUGGCGCUCACGAUCCAGAGCAGAGUUUCAGAAACCUUUCACGUAGAUUUUCACCCGGCCGCCAGGAUAGGAAAAGGAGUGCUUUUUGACCAUGCCACGGGGGUGGUUGUCGGGGAGACGGCACAGAUUGGAAACAAUGUGUCAAUUCUGCACCAUGUGACGUUGGGAGGGUCAGGCACGCUGGCAAAAGUGCGGCAUCCGAUCGUGCAUGAUGGGGUCCUGAUUGGGGCAGGUGCAACUCUACUCGGGCCGAUCGUUAUAGGAGAAGGAGCCAAAAUUGGAGCGUGCUCAGUAGUCCUGACUGACGUGCCUCCACACACCACUGCUGUUGGGAAUCCGGCGCGGCUCAUGGGCGGCAAGACGAACCCAACUCAGCUGAAGGAGGUUCCGAGCGAGAGUAUGGAUCAUACGUCUUUCAUUGAGAAUUGGUCGGACUAUAUUAUAUGAGGUUGCUAAGGCAGUAUAAGUAGGCGAGAUGUUAUCUAGGUUGGCAGGGUAAUGGCGAAGAAUAGUGGCAAGCUCUCUAGUUUUAGAGGUAGAGAUGGUGAGAUCUACAGACAUUGAGGAGACAGCGCGAUAUACAGAGAUUGGGGUGUAGCCAGUCAAGUCCCCGGUGUAGAGGCAAAGCAGAUGCACCGGAACACAGAGUUUUUGAAUGUCACGGGCAAAGAAUUGUUGAAAUGGAAGAGCCUUUUGUGCAAGUAAGGCUUUUGAUGAUGACUUUCCG